AUGUUAAUCUUAGCUGGAUUGAAGUUAAAGGAUUUAUAGGAAUAAGCCCAAGAGCCUUAAUAAAAUAUCAAACAUUUAGAUGUUUCUAGUAAUCUAUUAAAGUCUGGAAAAGAAUUCAGCAUGUUUCCAAACUUAGAAACCUUGAUCAUAGAUAAUAAUUACUUUUUCAGAUUGGAUGAUUUUCCAAUUUUGCCAAAUUUAAUCACCCUUAGCGCAAACAAAAAUACAUUUAAUAAUUUUGACAUGUUCAUAUAACAUUGUAAGGAGAAGUUUCCUAAGUUAACACAUCUAAGUUUAAUAAAGAAUCCUAUAUGUCCCAUGUUUACUUAAGGAGAAGAGGAAUAUGUUAAUUAUCGAGCAAAAUUCAUUCAGGAAUUGCCUCUUUUAAAGAAUUUAGACGGUACUCCAAUCAAUCCUCAAGAGGCUGAUCCUAAUUUUUGGAAAUAAUAAUAGUAAAUCAAAUAAUAGUAAGCUUAAAAUUAUAAUGAAUAGAAGAGAGGAACAAUCGAUUAUAAUGCUAAAUACUAAAAACCCAAUAGUAAAACCGUAAAAACUAAAAGUGAAGGAAAUAGGUUUGUUAAAAACACACAUUUAUGAUAUUAUGAUAAUCAUUUAUUUAUUUUUUGAUAAUGUUAAUUUAAUGAAA